CAUAUGUGCCUUUCUACUGUAUACGUUGUUGUUGAUAGAUUGAUGCAAAGAAUAAAUGCAAACUACUGGAUUGGAAUGGGAAAGAUGAAGUAGUUGCUGAAGGACGUUUGCAUUCGAGUGAUCCAAAUGCAUUAGUUAAUGGCAUUCCUCUUGGGCCCAAUGCUAUGAUAGUUUCGGUGGAUGUUCCGAAAUUUUCUGAAGCAUGUUUAUGGCGGCCCCUUGCAGCUGAUAUGAGAUUUAUUAAAGAUGUUGUCAAUUCUAGAAUAGCUUGGCCUGCAGAUAGAGUUAUAUUGGAGAAAACAGUAGAAAGUGAAGAAGAAAAUCUUUCAUCUCCUCAGAGUGUCAACACCAAUAAUGUAAAUAAAAAGUGCAAGUUAUUGGAUGUUUGUGGAUCUGGUCAAAUUGUUGCUGAAGGACGAUGGUCCUCAAAUGAUCCAAGUCAAGUUGUUCAUUUUGUUCCAUUGGGUCCUAAUGCUACGAGAGUUUGGGUAGAAACAGCAAAAGUCCCAGCCGCGUCUCUCUGGAGAUCUACUUCUGAGAUGGAGUUCAUUGAAGAUGCCAUAGGAACUACAGUAGCAUGGCCAACAGAUAAAGUGGUUAUAUUGUAGAGUACCGGUAAGCGAUUAGACUCUCUCGAUUCUAAGUUUAAUUUUUUUCCCCAAUCACGUAUUGUACUUAAUUUGAUAUUGUCAUCGAAAUUGUAAUUUAUGGAUUGCAAAUCGAUUGAUUCACUUGAUUUAGGUAAAUGUUAUGUAUCUCUUUCUUUGUAGUACUUUACGAGUAAAA